AUGGCCCCCUCUACCCAGAAGCAAUGGUCCGUCAAGGGCAAGGAGAAGAGCUUCGACGAGCUCAAGUUCGAGGAGGCUCAGAUCCCCUCCGUCGGAGACAACGACGUUCUCGUCAAGCUCCACGCUGCGUCGCUCAACUACCGCGAUCUGAUUAUUCCCAAGGGAAAGUACCCCUUCGCCCUCAACUUCCCCGUUAUCCCCGGUUCCGACGGCGCAGGCGAGAUCGUCGAGGUCGGCUCCAAGGUCUCUCAGUUCAAGAAGGGCGACAAGGUCGUUACACUCUUCAACCAGCACCACCAGUACGGCCCCAUUGACCCUGCUGGCGCUGCCUCUGGUCUGGGUGGAGCUCUCGACGGUACCCUCCGCCAGUACGGUGUCUUCAACGAGAACGGCGUCGUCCGCGCCCCGAGCAACCUGAACUACGAGGAAGCAGCUACCUUGACCUGCGCCGGUCUCACAAGUUGGAAUGCGCUGUACGGACUGAAGCCUCUUCUGCCUGGUCAGACUGUUCUCGUGCAGGGAACUGGCGGUGUCAGUGUCUUCGCGCUUCAGUUCGCCAAAGCAGCCGGCGCCACCGUGAUCGCUACGACCUCCUCCGACGAAAAGGCCAAGCGCCUCGAGGAACUCGGUGCCGACCACGUCCUCAACUACAAGACCCAGCCCAACUGGGGCGAGAUCGCCCGCUCCCUGACCCGCGAUAACGUCGGUGUCGACCACAUCAUCGAGGUUGGCGGCUCUGGCACCCUCGAGCAGAGCUUCAAGGCUAUCAAGCUGGAGGGUGUCAUUUCCGUCAUCGGCUUCGUCGGUGGAAUGGAUCCCUCCAAGAUUCCCAACGUUCUGCAGACACUAACCCACAUCUGCACUGUCCGUGGCGUGUACGUCGGCAGCAAGGCGCUCAUGAACGACAUGGUUGGCGCCAUUGAGGCCAGCAACAUUCAUCCUGUCGUCGACAAGAAGGUGUUUACACUUGAGAAGACGAAGGAGGCUUAUGAGUACAUGUGGGGACAGAACCACUUUGGGAAGGUUGCCAUUAAGAUCGAAUAG